CGCGUUAGCUGCUUCGAGGGUGAGGCGGGUCGAAAAGAUGGCAGCGGUGCUGGUGGUUCCCGCUCCUCUGCUCAAGAUCCGCGGCUUCCUGCGGGGCUGGUGGGGGAUGCUCGGGAGCCAGAGCCCUCCUUGGGCUCCUGCGUUGGCUGUACAGGGCCCAGCUUCUUUGCUUGAGCCUAUAGGAGAGAAGGCUGACGGCGAUGAAGCACCGGGCUUUUUAGACCACGUGUUUUGGAUGGCAGCCCCGAAGUCAAGGCGCACCAUUGAGGUGAAUCGCUGCAGGCGCAGGAAUCCCAGAAACCUAAUAAAAAUUAAGAAAAACAUCGAUGUUUGUCCCCAGUGUGGUAACCUGAAGCAGAAACAUAUUCUUUGUGGCUAUUGUUACGAAAGGGUGAAAAAGGAGACAACUGCCAUAAGGAAACAAAUGGGGAUCCAGGAAGGAGGACCUCAUAGGGCUCCUGUUGUAGAGACUGUUGUCCUGUAUGAAGGAGAGGCGCCAAAAGAGCAAGAUGAAGGGAAGCGUAUCAUAGAAAGAAGCAGGAAACGGCCGUCUUGGUUCACUCUGGAUUGAUGAUUUAGCACUGAGGAUUCUUGGAUUACAAACGACUUGAUCCUUCAGUAUAAAAUAAUCGAAAGGAAUGUAUACUUAAAAUGUACAGAUUCUGAAAUAUGUAACAGAUUUUUUUUCUUUUUAAAAAAAAUCUGUUAUUGCAGUACAAUUGUUCUUUUAUUUGCGUUUUUCAUUACAGUCUUAAUAUCCAUGGUAUAGCAGUUGAAGAAAUGUAGGUAAAACAUACCUACUGUGACAAUACAUCACAGUUCUAAAAUCAAUAACGCAAGUCUUUAUUUACAGGAAUGGAUUCUACCUACAUACAUUCUGGUGUCCUGCUCCAUUGUACAUAGCUUCCGAGUGGCCCAUUUUGUGGUUUGUUUGCUUCUUAAAGCGCAUGAGUAAGAGGCAUUUGAAAUUACAAUAAAGUAUAUCAGCUUUAUACUGAAAA